AGACACUCAAGGAAAAAUGUUGGCCAAAAAUGCUGAAGCAAUGAAAGCGCUGGCGCUUAAAUUAUUCGAAAUUAAUGCCUUUAAAUUUGGCGAUUUCAAAAUGAAAGUUGGCAUUAAUUCGCCGGUGUAUUUUGACCUUCGUGUUAUUGUCAGCUAUCCGGAAGUUAUGCAAACUGUCUCGAAUCUUAUACAAGAUUACAUUAAGGAACACAAUUUGAAUGCCAAACAUGUUUGCGGUGUACCGUACACCGCCUUGCCCUUGGCUUCGAUUGUCUCCGUGCAACAGAACAUUCCAAUGUUGGUGCGACGCAAAGAGGCCAAAGCCUAUGGUACCAAAAAGCUGAUCGAAGGCAUUUACAGUGCCGGAGACACGUGUCUCAUUGUUGAGGAUGUCGUCACAUCCGGUUCAAGUAUUUUGGAUACGGUUAAAGAUUUACAAAGCGAAGGAAUUGUGGUGACCGAUGCCGUUGUUGUCGUUGACCGUGAACAGGGUGGUGUGGCAAAUAUUGCCAAACAUUCGGUACGCAUGCAUUCUCUCUUCACGUUGUCAUUCUUGUUGAACACCCUAUUGGAUGCCGGUAAAAUUCAACGUGAAACUGUUGAAUCGGUGGCUAAAUAUAUUGCCGCGGUACAAAUUGAUUCGGAUGGCAAUUUCUUGGGUAGUAAAAAGGAAGUUGUUAACGAUUUUGUACGCACAAAAAUCCCCUUUGAAAAUCGUGCCAAUUUGGCAAAAUGUGAGUUGGCUAAAACUUUAUUCAAUUUAAUGGCCAGCAAGAAGACGAAUCUUUGCCUCGCCGCCGAUGCCACCAAAUGUAAUGAAGUUUUGGAAGCUGCCGACAAAUGUGGACCCUACAUCUGCUUGCUGAAGACCCAUGUUGAUAUUUUGGAAGAUUUCAACGAACAAUUCGUACAAGAUUUAGUCGCCUUGGCGAAGCGUCACAAUUUCCUUCUCAUGGAAGAUCGUAAAUUUGCCGAUAUUGGCAACACGGUUUCAUUGCAAUAUGCCAAGGGUCUGUAUAAAAUUUCCUCCUGGGCAGAUUUGGUGACCGCCCAUACAUUGCCUGGACGCAGUAUUAUUUCCGGUUUAAAGGCUGGCCUUAGUGGUGAGGAAAAACCCCGUGGUGUCUUCCUUUUGGGUGAAAUGUCUGCCACAGGAAAUUUAAUUGAUGACAAAUAUAAGGAAGCCUCCGCCAAAAUUGCCACCGAGGGUGCUGAUGUUGAUGUUGUUGCUGGCAUGGUCUGCCAAUCGUCUGAGUGUUUUGCUUUCCCCGGUUUAAUUCAAUUGACACCGGGUGUUAAAAUCGAUGAAACCACAGAUGCGUUGGGUCAACAAUACAACACUCCCGAAUAUGUGGUUAAGGAUAAGGGUGCCGAUAUUGCUGUUGUCGGACGUGGUAUUAUGUCGGCCAAAUCAUUGGAAAAGGCUGCUGUCCUAUAUCGUGAUCGUUUGUGGGCUGCUUAUACAGAUCGUUUGGCCACCACCAAGCAAUGA